AUGCUCACCUUCCAGUUCCUGUUCAGAGCCAGCCCUGCCACCCUGCUCCUUACUCUGUACCUGCAGCUGGGGGUCAUCACAGCCCAGGAAGACACUCGAAGAACAAUAAUACUCAGUACAGAGCUGCCACAAGAAGUAACAGCCAACGAAUUGACCACCUUGAAGCUUAAAGUUGAGACAGAAUUGAGAGAAUGUAUGGUGAUUAAAGCUUACCUCGUAAGCAGCAAGCCAUUAGCAGGUCCCUUCAACUAUAAAUACACUGGCUGCCUCUGCAGUGAUUACCCAAGAACCUUCUACUGGGACUUCCAGACCAACAGCACUGUAAGAAUUGCAACAGUGGUUGACAUUAUUCGGGAGCUGAAUAUCUGCCCUGAUGAUCAAGCAGUGGUACCCAUAAAAUCAAAUCGAUAUUAUGCUAUAACUGACCUGACUGUAAAUUAA